AAAUAAAAAUGCCAUUGAUGCAAAUUAUGAAAUUAGAUAUUGGACAAGAAUACAAAAUCACAAUGUAAACAAAAUGAAAAGAAGUGAGAAUAGCACACAUGUAACUGGAAAAAAUUCUUGUAUUGAAACUGAUUUUAAACGAGAAAUGAGACGUUAUUAUGUCAGUUUAAAACAAAAUCUUAAUAAAAUUAAUCGAAUACAAGAAGAGGCUGCAAUUAAAAUGAAUCGUUUAUACAAAGAAUCAAGAAAAUUAGCCAGACGAAGUCGAAAUGAAAAGAAGCAAAGUUUGAAAUCUUAUCGAAAACAUUCUAGCAAAUUUAGAGGUAAACGAAACUCAACAAGAGGAACAGAAGAAGAAGAAAAUGAAGAACCACCACCACCACCACAACAACAACAACAAGACCUAGAACAAACACUGAAGGAUGAAGUAUUACAUAAUCAAAAUAAUGAAACAAUUACAUUAGAAACAAAACUAACAAAUCAAUCAUCAGUAUUAUCCCCUUUUCUGCCAGUUAUUUAUCCAAAUGAAGUUGUAUCAUUAACAUCUAAACGGAAUACUUCAGAAAGUACUUUAAAUGAGUCAGAAUUUAAACAAGGCCAGAUCAAUACUGAAUUGAUUAAACCAAAUAUUUCAUCAUGGCUUGAAACAAUAAAUGAAGGGAAAGACGAUCCUAAUGAUCAAGAAUCAGUGAAACCUUCAAAGCUCGACACUUCACGCUCUAUACAACACCCUUUACGAAGGAAAUAUUCAAUUUGUGAAAAAAAUCAGACUCGUCAAAGUAUCGCUUAUUCAAUUAUUAGACAUAGAGAAAACCAGUUGCGUAAUUUAAAAGCAGCAUUAAGUGAAGCACCAAUAGCAUAUCUAUGGAAUGAUAAUUUAAAUAAAAGCACAACAAAAUUGAAAACAAAAUUCAUUUGUUCAAAAUAUAAAGAUAUCAAUUUACAAGCAAAACGUUGUAUUCCUGGUUCUAUUGGCGGUUUAUCAAAUUAUUUCCUAGAAAUUAUUGCUUUACCUAAACCUGCAUUGAUUCGUUUCCCACCACCGACUAGUAUGCAUCAAUAUAUACAUAAAAAAAUAUUAGCUAAAGAGAAACAGCAAAUGCAACAAAAUUUGAAUAGAUUAACUCAUUUAACUGAAGAAAUGAAAAGAGUUUCAGAAGGUCAAAAAUUGAUGGCUGCAUUAAAAUUCUUACUGGCUUCUACAAGCAAUGAGAAAAAUGAAAAUAUUAAAUCUGAAGGAAUAAGAAAUUAACAAGGAAUAAUGAUCUUUUAUCUUUGGAAUAAUAAUUCAUGACGUAUAGUUGUGUGUGUACUUAGGUAAUAACACACUUUAAAAUGUUUUCAGGUGGUUUGUAUCUUAUAUAUAUCGUUUUGUUAAGGUGAACAAUCCAUUCUUUCCUCUAUGUGCAGCACUCAGACACUGAACGAAUGGAAAACUAGCAUUAUUCACUGGAUGCAAUACACGUAUUGAAUAUACAAAAUGUUGUGAAUAACCUCGAUCGAUUAAACAGUUAGAGAUGUGAACAAUUCAACUAUGAAAUUUCUUUGUUUCUUUUUUACUAUUGAAGUUAUAUUAAUAAAACAAACAGUAAAAUAUUUAUUUGGACGACAGAAAUACAUAGAUAGAAUGUACCAAUGUAUGAACCUAUAUGUGUUCACACGAUUAAUACAAGUCCGUUCACAAAAUACAGUGGGUGGUAUUCAAUCCGAGUCGAUACAUUUAAUGAAAUCCAAUAGUCUGAGAUUGGAUCCAUUUAGGUAUGUUUAUUAGUUAGUCCGGUGUGCCAUCUUAGAAUUUGUGAUUGAAUUUUCUUCGAAAUGUUUACAUAUAAAAACAGUAUAUUCUACAAAUGUUAGAUAUAUUAUCUAAAUAUAAACAAGCAUUUCAGGACAGAUUUCAUCAUUAACUGAAAGCAAAACCCCUGUAAACUAAAGAAAAGUGAACUGUUGUCUCGUUUCAAUUGGGGAUUUCCUCAGCAACGCACAGUCAGAUACCUGCACUAUAUUGCAGCUCAUAAUCUACAAGUAUCAUGAUCAAAACAACGAUAACAUCGAGCGAUGGAAUCAUACACUAGUGAUUGAUAUUUUCAAUGUCAACCGCCCCCAAAUGCCAUGGUACGGCCGAGAGUAGGAAGAGUCCGCUCUUCCUCUCGAAAUGCUCUCACAUGGCCACGCGUAUAUAGCCUCUGUCAGGGAAGUCCUACUCACUGCCUCCUCGUAGCGGGGGCGUUCUUUACGAAAUUGAGAGGACGAAAAGAGAAUGUCCGACGCUUUAACCGGGUUGGUGGACAUGGAGAGUCCACCUAGAGGAGUUGGAAAACUCUCAUUCCAAACCAAUGGUGCACAUGGGCUCAAGUAUCCUGAGGGAACAAAUGGCGUAUGAACCAAUCGUUGGUCACCGGCUACCAUGGGACUGCAUCUCCUUACGAUGCUCCACUGCAUUGUGGAUCAAACCUUUAGGUCGAAGGCUUUGGGUGUAGCCUCCUGAGAAAACGACCUUCUUCGGUUUGGGCACCCAGGCAGUAUCACAGCCCUCACACAAAUCAAAUGAGGUUCGUGUGGCGCAUAUGUAUAUGGUGCUUUCUUGUACCAAUAUCUAUAUGUUCAAAUAAAUAAAUGUCAACCAAUUCGGGAUAGAUUUCCAUCGACAUUUCAUUGAGUUAACUGAUCUGAUGCAACACCUUUCUAGGCUACUGUUCCUGAUUAUCCGUUGCCAAUCGUGAUGUAUUUCAGUAGUGUAAGUGAAUUUCUUAUUUUCUGUACUACUAAAAGGUAGUGGAUUCGUGGAUAGACACUACUGAGAAGUUCCACCUAAACUAUGACAAAAGAAUAGUCUAAUAUUUUCUUGUUUACAAUCAUUCCGUUCUAUCAUAAGUCAGUCAAUGAUGAAAUUUUAUCUUCAAAAGGACUAAAUCUUCAUAAACUACCGAAUGUUUUUUAAAUAUUUUAGUUUACAUUCAUAUUCUUAAGUGGAGAAAAUAGAGGUAUGUGGACUCUAUUGGAAAACAAUUAACAUAUCAGCAACGGAUGUAUCAGAAGUUCAUAUAUAGGCAUGUGAUUUGUGCAUUUACAAACAAUUGGAACCAAAACAAGUCUUUACUCACUAUUCAACCACUUAUUCUGUUUACAUAUCUGAUGUGGGUCUAGAUCUCCAGUUACGGGGAAGAGUUGGUGGUAGUUUGUUGGAGUUACUAAAAUAGCGUUGUCCGUAAUUUUUCAGGCCGUUGACAAAGCGUAAAAAAUGUCGUUUCGUAUAGAAGCUUCAUCAUGACCUGAUUGAACCUUUAGUCCAAGCAACACAGUGGACGACCAUUAGUCGAACAAUUUUAUUGCAACUCUGAUGAUCAGCGCGAAACUGACACCGACUAAGUUGGAUUACUGCGCAACAGGGUCGCCAGGUAACUACAUAUGAGUUAUACUAUAUGAAAUGACGAACAAAUCCGUAAUAAUCAUCUUUAAUACGGGUAACUCGGAACACCAGUAAUCGGAGCUCAUAGUGUUCCUCAGAACCUGCCUACUGUUUGGCUUGAAUCUAGGUGAAAGUGUCAAAUCUUUAUGUAACAGUCAUGGAAUGUACAAAUGCCAUGAUACUGUCUAGGUAUCUAAACGAUCAAGAACGGGAAAACAGCAGGACCCGACAACAUACCAGCUGAAGCACUGAAGUCAGACAUCGAAGUAACUACAAACAUGCUUUACCUUCUAUUCAAAAAGAUUUGGGAGGAGGAACAAG